UAGGAUAUUAAUAAUCAACUUUAACCCUGUAUGGAUUUACAAAUUUCCCAAUGAUGUUUUCGUCAGGCCUUAACUGUAAUCUCUCUUUCCCCAGUUGUUUGGGUUAUCCAUAAGAUAGUGAGGAAUUGAUUCCAAAAAUGGCGCGUGAAUCAAUCAUUCUUAAUGUUUAUGACAUAGUAAGUUGUAAUUUGGGAUACUCCACUUCUUCAUAUAAUGGCAAACAGAAUUUCACAACGAUUUUCAUCAUAUAAGGAGUGUUAAAAUCAGCGAUAUGUCUGAUAAGCGAAGCAUAAAGAAAUACGGCUCGAAACUUGACUCUACUGGUAGUCUAUCUUGAUCCAGAAGCACCAUGAAAAAACUUAUUCCCGUGGAGAACGCUGCUAGGAAGAAGCAGAGCGAUGACAAAUCGCCGAAGAUCGUGGACUAUUUAACAAGCAAGUAUGUGAAAGACGGCGAGCUCAGUUGCCGAAUAAUCGGUGCGAAGAAGUUCGACGUAGUGUGGCUGCACAACAAUAAGGAGAUUAAACCUAGCAAAGAUUUCCAAUACAUUAAUGAAGCAAACAUUUACAAGCUAGUCAUUGCCGAGAUAUUCCCCGAGGAUUCCAGCACUUACGUGCGAAGCUUUCAACGAUGCAGGAGAGAGAGCUACUCGUCGUGCACGUUAAGCAUACUCGAUGAGAAUCGGCUACUCCAAACGAAAAGCCCAGCGUUCGCGACAUUCCCGCAGUCUGCAACAGUGAGUGAAGGCGAAUCGGUUACUUUCAUGUGCAAGAUUGAUACUGCGCCUUUGAAAGUAACUUGGUUGAAAGAUGGCAAGGCAAUUCCCGAGACGAGCAACAGAUAUCACUUCAGUUCAGACGGCAAUACGUCCUUCGAGUUCGGCAUCAAAAUAUGCACGGCGAGUGAUGUCGGUCAAUAUGUGGCACGUGCGAUCGACCAGAAGGGUGAAACGAACUCGGCAUUCGCAGUCAACGUCGUCAAUCCCGGUGAACUAUGAAAUCAAUCUUGAUAUUGGGUUACAACCGAUUAUUAUCACGAUCGACUCGAAGUAUUUAUGAUAUAUUCUUCAGAGAAUAUCUUUCCCGAUUAAUUUGCGAAUAUAUGUUAAAGAGCGCACGCUUUUCUCGAUGGAUUUAUUUAUUCGAAAGCGUUCUUCAAAAAAGAAUAUAUCUUUUCCGCAUGCAUCCAACUCGCGGGCAACUUCCAAUCGAUCGUUAUCGCGCUUUCCACUUUCUAGCCUUUCAGUUUCUGCGAGAUUUAAUGGGAGUGCACUCGCGAUGCGAACAAAGAGCUAGUGCAUCUCAUUCACAGCGAACAUUUUUAAAAUAUAUGAUCCUUAAUAUAUAUAUCCUUGUAUAGAAAG